AUGGCUACCGAUUACAAGUUUGAAGGCUGGCUGGGCGAGGAUGCCGAGUCCGUCAAGGGCAAGAUGGUCUGGAAGGAGUUUGAGCCCAAGAAGUGGGAAGAGAACGACGUCGACAUCAAGAUUACACACUCCGGAAUCUGUGGUUCCGACCUGCACACUCUGCGUUCCGGCUGGGGCGCUACUCCCUACCCUUGCGUCGUCGGUCACGAAAUCGUCGGCACCGCUGUCCGCGUCGGCUCCAAGGCUGAGGGCGGCAUCAAGGUCGGCGAUACUGUCGGCGUCGGCGCGCAGGCCGACUCGUGCCUUGGUCGUGGCAAGAAGGAGUGCGCACCGUGCAAGGAGAACGAGGAGCCGUACUGCGUCAACGGCAACGUCAACACGUACGGCUCGAUCCACUACAACGGCGACAAGGCGUACGGCGGCUACGCGCUGUAUCACCGCGCCCCGUCGCACUUUGUCGUCAAGAUCCCCGACGGCCUGGCGCCCGAGUACGCGGCGCCGAUGCUCUGUGGCGGCGUGACCGUCUACUCGCCGCUCAAGCACUGGGGUGUCGGCCCGGGCAAGAAGGUGGGCAUCGCGGGCGUCGGCGGCCUCGGCCACUUUGCCGUCAUCUUCGCCAAGGCUAUGGGCGCCGACGAGGUGGUCGGCAUCUCGCGCAAGGCGUCGAAGCGCGACGAGGCCAUGGCGCUCGGCUGCGACGACUACAUUGCGACCGAGGACGACAAGGAGUGGAGCAAGCACAACGCGCGCCGCUUCGACGUCAUCAUCUCGACCGUCUCGUCGGCCAAGAUGCCCAUUGCCGACUACAUUCAGACGCUCGCACUCGACGGCAGCAUGAUUCAGGUCGGUGCCCCCGAGGAGCCCAUCCCGCUGCCCAUCUUCCCCCUCAUCACCGGCCGCCGCAGCCUCGCCGGUUCCGCCAUCGGCAGCCCCAAGACCAUCCGUGAGAUGCUCGAGUUUGCCGCCAAGCACAAGGUCAAGCCGUUUGUCGAGAAACGCCCCAUGUCGGACGCUAACCAGGCCGUUGUCGACAUGGAGGCCGGCAAGGCGCGCUUCCGCUAUGUCCUGGUCAACGAGAACCACUAG